AUGGCAUGUUACGGACGCUCUCUGGACUCCCCGUGUACACUAGCCUUGCUGGUGGGUUUCCAGUUCGCCUUUGUUCUCUAUUUCUCCCUUGGUGGCUUCAGAGGCCUGGUGUCUGUCCUGGUGCACACCACAGGUCCAGAGUUUGAUUAUUCUCGACCUCACGACGUCUAUACCAACCUUAGUCAUUUGGGAGUACCGCCUCCCCCGCCUCGCAACUCAGGCACUGGACCACCUCCCACAGGACCACCGCUGAGAGACUGCCAGAUCCCUUCCCCACUGCUCGUCGGACCCGUGUCUGUCCAUCUUUCCUCUCCUCUGUCCCUGGAGGAGAUCAGACAGAGGAACCCGUUAGUGUUGCCGGGCGGACACUACCGACCUCCUGAUUGUGAGCCCCGCCACCACACAGCGAUAGUGGUACCAUACCGGAACCGGCAGAUCCACCUCCGUGCCCUACUCUAUCACCUCCACCCCUUCCUGCAACGACAGCAGAUCCACUACAGCAUCUAUAUAGUACAGCAGUGGGGCAACAGCACUUUUAAUCGAGCCAAGCUGCUGAACGUUGGGGUGCGGGAGGCCCUCAGAGAUGAAGACUGGAGCUGCAUCUUCCUGCACGAUGUUGACCUGCUGCCUGAGAACGACCACAACACCUAUACUUGCCACAAACAGUUCCCGACACACCUGUCUGUGGCCAUGGACAAGUUCAGAUACAGGCUGCCAUACCCACAGUAUUUUGGUGGGGUGUCUGCAGUGACCCCAGACCAAUAUAUGAAGAUGAACGGCUUCCCUAACCAGUACUGGGGCUGGGGCGGAGAGGAUGAUGACAUUGCUGCUAGAGUACGUCUAUCUGGCAUGAAGAUCAUGCGCCCUCCAGUGGCCAUUGGUCAUUACAAAAUGAUCAAGCAUAAAGGAGACAGAGGCAAUGAACAAAACCCACGCAGAUUUGACCUUCUGAAAAGGACCAGACUCAACUGGCGCUCUGACGGCCUCAACUCUCUGACCUAUGAGCUCCUUUCCAGAGAGCUGGAGCCUCUCUACACAAACCUCACCGUUGACAUUGGUGAAGACCCCCGUGUGCCCCAGGGUAAAGCACCCAACCCCGUGAAAACAGCCACGCCUGUCCACCAACGUAGCACCAGCAAACUCGGGGGCGCAACCAAACAGGAGAAGAGGCAGGAGAGCAAAGGGGCGAACAUGACUGUGGCUAAGCCGGCAGCUGAAAAGACAGAACCUGCCCAGUUAAAGGCAGCAAAUCAGACAACACAUAGGAAAACAGAAAUCACAACUCGGAAGAAACCCAUCUGCUGCCAGCAGACCUGCAGCUUCAUCCAGUUUGUUCCCAAAAAAGCUGCUGCUGUCAGUCCACCCCACCCCACGGUGGGUUUGUGUUUCUGUGCCUUCUCUCUUUUAUGCGCAUUUUAUAGACUGGUAUAACUGCUUUUAGAUGCUGACCUGGGGUUAGUUU